AUGAGGCGAGAUAUUCCGGAUCAUACGGGGCACGAAGCAGUAGCACAACUGGCCAAAGAGUGGCAUGAAGAGUGCAAAGCUAGUCAUGCAUGCGGGGACUUUUAUCAGCACAGGCAAGCUGGAUGGUACCCCAAGCGCCUCGUUCAUGUCGGGCAAGAUGGUCAGUCACCACGUCUAGUCCUACGGGACGAAGAUGACCUACAUGGUCCCUAUGCAACCUUGAGCCACUGCUGGGGUGAAAAUCCCGAGUUCUUCAUGUUGAAUGCGGGCAAUUUGGAAGAUCUCCGUAAGGAACUUCCUCUCGAACGGCUGGCCGCAAGUUUCCGGGACGCCAUCCUAACCUGUCAACGUCUUCAGAUCCCGUAUGUGUGGAUCGACUCUCUCUGUAUCCUCCAAGCUGGGUCCACCUCUCAGUCAGACUGGCUUUUCCAUGCCAAUGAGAUGCAUAAGGUCUAUCUAAACUGCGAACUCAACAUUGCGAUCGAUGUCUCGGCGAAUCCGUAUGAGGGUGCCUUUCGUCAGAGGAACCCACGCAUUCUACAAGACUGCUUCAUAUGGACGCCAUUCCAUGGCUAUUCAGAUUUUCCUCAAGAGAGCCUGGAAAGGGAGCCAGACGCCGAAUCAGAAAACAAGGCCUUGUUUGAUCCACAGAAUCGUGAACGAUUGUCUCCCUCAGAAACGGCUCACAUAAAUCUCUGCGCGAUAUUCACCGCGGAGGACUUCUCUUGGUCACGUAUGAGUCUUCCUCUCAGUCGACGCGCAUGGGUGUUUCAAGAAGCCCUCCUAUCACCAAGAAUUCUACGUUUUGGCAGUGACCGUAUUUGGUGGCAGUGUGCUAAAAGAACUACCCUCUCCGAAUGCAUGCCUGACAGUGUGGCCAAUGGCACAGGGCAUGGUUUUGACUGCCUCUACCAGUCUAGUUUCAAUAUUGAGAGACGUGGCUCCAACACUCUAAUAUCCUACUUUGAGUAUUUGAUGAUCUAUACAGAACGAGAGCUCUCUCACCCCAAAGAAGACAAACUCGUUGCCUUUGCUGCCAUUGCUCGCCUAUGUGCCGCUUGGUUUGGCGGAGACUACUGCGCGGGAAUUUUCCGCGACAUUAUGCCUUGGGGACUGCUCUGGCAUUCACAACUAUACACCUCCACUAUACGGCCAGACAGCUACCGUGCUCCGUCCUGGAGCUGGGCGAGCUUGGAUAAUCGUGUCUUCAUCAACUUCCACGAUCGUGAACCAAACAUCCUGGCUCAUGUUAUUGAUAUCUCAGUACAACUAGUAGACACGACUGAUCCGUUUGGUCAAGUCAAAUCUGCCGCUCUCACUUUGCAGGGACCGUUCAUCUCUUCCCAAGCCCUGGUUGGCAAAGGGUCAACUAAGCAUUUCACAACUUUCUUGGAAGUGUCUACUCUACUAGAUGAAAAGAUAUCGCUGGAACCAGAUGAUUACUAUUCUCGCCGCAGCCAGAACAGCAUCCUGACUACUAUCCUUGUCUAG